AUGCCGAAAGUGGUCGACGGCGUGUCCGAGGACCAUGUCCACGGACAGAUCCAGCUUCUCAUCAACGAAAUGGUCAACAUCAACGACACGACAGGCCAGUUCCUCCUUAAGCUGGAUGACGGACGAAUCAUCGACACAAAGGGGUGGAACGACUGGGAAUGGACACACGGCAUUGGGCUGUACGGUAUCUGGAAGUACUACGAGUUGACGGGUGAGGAACGAUGGUUGAAGAUCAUCGAGGACUGGUUCCGGGAUCGGUUUGCCGAGGGCCACAAGGGCAAGAACAUUAACACCAUGGCCGUGUUCCUGACGCUGGCAUACGUGUACGAGAAGACGGGCAAUCAGACGUACUUGCCUUGGCUAGACAGCUGGGCAGAGUGGGCUUACCAUGACCUGCCCCGGACCAAGCACGGUGGCUUCCAGCACAUAACGUAUGCCGAAGUCAACGAGCAGCAGCUGUGGGACGACACGCUGAUGAUGACGGUGAUGCCCCUGGCCAAGAUUGGCCUGCUGCUCAACCGUCCGCACUAUGUGGCCGAGGCGAAGAGGCAGUUCCUCUUGCACAUACAGUACCUGUUUGACGCCAAGUCGGGCCUCUUCUUCCAUGGGUGGACCUUCAAAGAAGGCGGCCACAACUUUGCCGACGCCCGAUGGGCCAGGGGCAACAGCUGGGUCACAAUUGUCAUCCCCGAGUUCAUCGAGCUGCUGGGGCUCGACGACCAGGACCCUUUGCGAGCACACCUCAUCAACACCCUCGUCAGCCAGGGUGAGGCUCUGCAACCACUGCAGACAGCUACCGGCCACCCUGGCCAAGGGCUUUGGCGCACGCUUCUCGACGUUCCAGAGGACGAGGGGUCGUACGUCGAGGCGAGCGCCACAGCGGGCUUUGCCUACGGCCUGCUCAAGGCGGUGCGGAGGAGAUACAUCUCCAAGGAGGGCAACCGUGAGACGGCCGUCAAGGCUCUGCGCGCCGUGCUGGACAACAUCAGCCCUCAAGGGGAGCUGCUCCACACCUCCUUUGGCACCGGAAUGGGUCACGACCUGCAGCACUACAAGGACAUUCCCCAGACUAGCAUGCCAUAUGGACAGGCCAUGGCAAUCAUGGCCCUUGUCGAGUUUCUUCGUGCAUAUGUAUAA